AUGAAAAGUAAUGAUAAAUUAACUUAUCAUCGUCCAUUAACUUGCUUUUGUAAUGGUUUUAUCUGCAAUUGUUUUGAUGUGAAAACGCACCAAUUCGAAACAGUUUUUACUGAGAAGCCAACGGAUCCUUCAACGCCUGCUAACACCGAUCUUUCAUGUUGCGAUGACUUGUUUUCUGUUAAGGAUUUAUUAUUAGAUGAAAAUGUAGCUUUAAAUGAAGAUAUCGAGUGCGUAUCUAUCGAUGAAAAUUUUAGCAGUCAAGUUAUAGAUAUGGAACAACAUAUUGAAGAUAAUUUAGCCACAAAAAUAACUGUUGUUAAUUAA